AAAGUCGCGCAGUGUUAUAGUCCGCGGAUUCGAAGUGUAGACGUGGAUGAUAUUAUCCCACAAAUUUUCUUCAUCAGAUGAGAAGUUGACGCGAUCGAUUUCUUGAAUUGCAGGUUUCGGCAAUGGACAAAAUAAUGCGUGUACACCACGACAAUAUCAACUUACACAUAUCCACAGGCAGUCGAACAAAGUUGGAUGUGUCUACAAAUAAGUAUAAAUUACAAACACAGGAAAUCGAAGCCGUGAGAAAUCGUACAUUUAGGCUUUUGGCCUGGAGACAAUGAAAGGGGAGAAGAAACUAGAUUCAUUGAAUUCAAAGGAUAUGAUAAUAUUUUAUUCUUGCGUACAUCUCAAGCAAACUGACGAAGGAAAAUGUUAAAAGGACAAUUUUCUGAUCUGUAAGGUUCAUUCAUUUCAGCCUUUCUGUGUUUCAGUGUCUCAUUUCGAAUUCUUCGAUUAAUUUAUGAUGAGCAGUGUUUUCAAAGAAAUAAGGCGCUCAUUGUCACAGCUCGGAAGAAAAUUCUGCAGGCGAGGAUCGAAAGGAAAUUCUCUUAAAAUCUCAAAGAAGCCGUCUUUUCUUAAAAUCUCAAAGAAGUCGUCUAACCAGGCUUUCAUGGAGGAUUUUAACGAAGAAGACGCAAUGGCCUUCAGACGAGAAUCAUAUAAUAUCUUCUGGCGCAAAGUUGAAACCCUAACAGGAAGAACUCAAGGAGAAGGAAAUAAAGAUAGCACAGCAAGGUCUCGUCUUCCCUCGUACAGAAGCUUGGCAGAGCGGCUCCUGGAACCAGAGCAAGAAGCUGUUUAUCAAUUCCUGCAGUCAAAUCUACAAAAAAAUAUUAGCUACAAUCUCGCUAAAGACUACUUCAAUAAUACCGCCGAAGCCUUCGAAUUAUGCAGCUUUCUCUUAAAAAAUAUCGAGCAGGGGAGAUCAAAUGACCACAACGUACAAGAAGUUAUGGAAAUAGCGCAGAGUUCGAAAAAUCUUAGUGAAGAUCAAUAUAACAUCAUAAUUCAACGGUUUGAGUCAUUCGUAGCACUUGAUAAUCCAUUUAGGGUUUCUGCAACGCAGUAUUUUGAAGAGAUUCAGGAAAGAUACGGAGAGUUGCAGGGAAAAUUGGAUCAUACUAAAAAGCUUGAUGCUGCGGCCAAGGGAACAUAUAUUCUUCACGGAGACCUCGACACCAUGAGCCGUCUUGUGAAGCUUCUCAAUGAUGAGAUUGAGCACAGUAAAAGCAUUAUGAGAAUCUGCUUGGAAAGAAUGGAUGACAAGUGCCAUGCACACGAGGUAGCAAUACUGUUGCAAAAGAGCCAUGGCUAUUUUGUCCAACAAUUAGAUGAAUUGGAAGAGUAUGUUUUCUUGUGCUUUGCAAGUAUUAACAGAGCCAGACGGCUGGUUAUUACGAAAAUUGAGAAGCACCAAGCUCAUUCUUGAAUAACUGCGAGAAGAAUUUCGUUUCUAUCUCGCAUGAUUUUGGCUAUAUACAGUGUUGGAAUUACGAAAUCUUUUUUCAUUAUUCAACUUGAUAGGUUGGGAAAUGUGAUCCAAAACUUUGUUUACAAUAAAUUAUAUACUGAGUUUUUAUCCUCUUUGGGAUAUAGAGCUUUAAUAAUUGGGAAAUUGUGAUAUGUUUAGGUAG